AUAAAACCAAACUCAGAUAAUAUACGACACCUCUAGUUCACUCUAACUCCAGUAGUUUAACUCUAGUAGUAUGAUGAGUGAGUAAGUGAGGGAAUGAUGAAUUGUUGUUGAUGAUGAUAUCUUCUUUUUCUGCUACCCAACUUUCAAUUUCAUCAUCUCUAACCACAUUCAGACACAGUCAUCGUCAUUUCACAAACGAAAUCCCAACCCAAAUUUCUUUCCGUCCUUACCAUCAAAUUAACAAGAAGAACAAAAUUAACAUCAGACCGUAUUGUGCCAUGGAAAUUCCCAGUCAACCCAAAGAGUUAAUCGAACUCAAUACCGAGUCCGACUUCAAAUCUCUUAUCUCCCCGGAUGAUAAUGGUUAUCUCUCCAUAUGUGGAUUUGGUUCUCUUCUCUCCGAGAGAAGUUCCAGGAGUACAUUUCCGGAUCUCAUCAAUUUCAGGAUUGCUAAAUUAAUCGGGUUUCGACGUGUAUUUGCUCACACUGCUCCGAUUUUCUUUGAACGCGGAAUCGCCAAUCCUCAAACCCAGGAGAUUUCGAGUUUAAGUGUAGAACCAUGUGAAGGUGAAACACUUGUAGUAACUGUCUUCGAAAUCAAAGAAUCCGAGAUUCCAUCUUUUAUUGAAAGAGAACACGAAUUUCGGUUUCUAGCUGUGGUACCUCAAACACUAGAAGGGACCUUGUUUCAUCAACCCGCUGUGCUUUGUGGUCGUUACAGUGACAAAGAGUAUUUUGAGUUUAGAUGCAAAGGAAGCAAGGAGAUAUAUCAUGAGCGAUAUGGACGAUAUGGUAUUGAGAAGAUAUGGAGGGAUGAUAUCUUACCUUGCCGUGUUUACCUUCGACACUGUGUUUUGGCAGCAAAGAAUCUGGGUGAUGUCGCUUAUAACAACUUCUUGGAUCACACUUUCCUCGGCGACAGGAGGACAACCAUUCGUGAGUAUUUGGCUACCAAAGGAGGUUCGACAAUCAUGGAAGAGGAGCCUCCAGAGCUACUCAAGACCCGCUAUGGUGGUUGAUUCCAUGAAUCAAUCUACUACAAUCAGAAGAAAGAAAUCGUUUGCCAUCUGAUUAUACAUACUGCAUAAUUUUUCUGUUGUUAUCGAACUUGUGCUAUGUAACGUUUUACUUCCUCAGCAUGUGAAAUAAUUGAUUGAUAAGAAAACUCCAGGCGAUAUGGUUGAAUGAAAACAAGGAAACAGAUAAUCUAAUUUGUUGACGUUGAUAGGAAAAUGCAUUCCAUACCGAGAUUUAACAGAUGGAUUAUCCCACAGAAACCCAGCUCUGCAGGAUAUUUGGACAUUAAGCCUACCCGUCUGACAUAUUUAGGAGCUCGCUGCCAUAAAUUUCCCUGGGUUCCCUCUUGUUUCACAGUACUGUUAGCCUAGAGCGAAUCAUCAGUAUUUUUGUCCUUUCUAAAGGAAUGUUCUGUGCUAUUUUUAGCUAAUCCACAGUAUCUGACAUAUUUUUCUUGCAAAGAGCUCGAGGAGCAGACGUCUGACAAUCAGUUGAAAUCCAAAGGUCCAGGAGUUUUAUUUGGUUUUGUCUUUAGCAUCUUAAAUGUUGUGUUUCAUGAUUAUCUCGGUUUCUAAAAUACUGCAAUCAAAUGAUGUUACUGAACCUUGCAUGCCGACUUAUGUAUAUAUUGUUUUGCUGUAGCCUUGACAUGAUUCCCUUGCAGCUUUUUGGUUAUGCCUACAGAGGUCCGUUUGGGCAGUUCUUGCAGACACUAAUGGAUAAGAUUAACAAGGGAAAGCACAAAGAAACAGUAGCCCAGAAGCCAGGAUCCUAAAACGACAGAAACCCUUGUCUUUUUUCUCUCCUGUUCUCCUUCAAACAGCUUCAACACAAACCCUACAACAGCUCCACAUCAAUCACCUAACUAAUGUGAAGCUCAAUGACAACAAUUAUCUGUUAUGGAUAACUCAAUUCAAGCCCUUACUGAAAGGUUAUAAACUUCUGAUGGAAGGUUUCCAGGAUUGCAAACAUCUCUUGAAGUAUGGGAAGCUCUUGAAAAGAGAUUUGCUCCACAAACCUGAGCUCACCAGCUGCAUUUCCGUCGAGAACUUCAUCAACUGAAGAAAGCCAUGAGUAGCGUGUUCAAUAUAUGGCUAAGUUGAUCUCAUUUGGUAUGGAGAAUCAGAAAGACUUUAUUGUUUCCUGCAACAAAGAAGUAAUAAUAUGGGGCUUGUUGGCUGUUAUCUUAUUAAUACAGGAAGAUUAUUGUCUCAGGAAAAAAGUCAAGAAGGAUUAGCCAUCCUUACAGAGUUGACAUCUUGGAUGGUAUUUAAGGAUCCUUUCUCUUUUACAACCAAUUUUGGGAUUGUGAAGCAUAUAAAAAUGGAAUAAUUGAUGUCACUAGAAUUGGCUGUAAACUGUCCGAAUUUAUCUAAAUUUAUGGAUCAACGGUUGUCUGAUCGUUGGAUUGGUAUAUCACCAAUAUUUGCCACUACAA